AUGGAGCAACCACUUGGAUUUGUUGCCCAGGAGGAGUAUGGGAAAGUUUGUCAUCUUCGCAAAUCAUUGUAUGGUUUGAAACAGAGUCCACGUGCUUGGUUUAGAAAGUUUAGUGAGAUAGUUGCAAAGUUCAGAAUGACAAAGAGCAAGUCUGAUCAUUCAGUCCUUUACAAACAAUCGGCAAUUGGCAUUAUUCUUCUUGUUGUAUAUGUUGAUGACAUUAUCAUCACUGGGAGUAACACUACAGGGAUUUCAUUACUUAAGUCAUUUCUUCACAUUCAGUUUCAUACAAAAGAUUUAGGAAUGUUGAAGUAUUUCUUAGGGGUUGAGGUAACAAGGAGCAAGAAAGGCAUCUUCUACUCUCAAACGAAAUAUGUACUUGACUUAUUAACUGAGACAGGAAAAUUGAGUGCUAAGCCAUGCAGUACGUCAAUGUUUCCUAAUUCGCAACUUACAAAAGAUGGUGAACUAUUUGAAGAUCCUAAGAGGUAUAAAAGACUGGUUGAAAAGUUGAACUACCUGACAGUCAUUCGUCCUGAUAUUGCGUACUCUGUCAGUGUAGUAAGUCAAUUCAUGUCUUCUCCUACUGUUGACCAUUGGGCAACGUUAGAACAGAUUCUGUGUUAUCUGAAAGGAGCUCCAGGAUGUGGUAUUUUGUAUAGAAAUCAUGGACAUAAUAAUACUGAGUGCUUCUCUGAUGCAGAUUGGGCGGGUUCCAAGAUAAAUAGGAGAUCCACUACGAGCUAUUGUAGAAAAACUGGUGGGUUGGUGAUAUGGAGAUCUGGCACUGCUGUUUCUUUGUACAGAGGUGUGAGUUAUGAGGUUCCUUCUGUGCAACUGAACAAACGGAUGUAUAGGAGAAAUGAACUACCUGCAAGCUCCUUAGCAAGAGCUCCUGAUAAACAGAUAUAUAAGAGAAAUGAUAGAUCUAGUUAUUCCUUAUCAAAAGCUACUGAUGUUCCUGCUCAAGAUCCUUCCACAUUUGGCUCUUAUAAUAUUGUGCAUUCACCUGAAACAAACCUGGAAAUGACUACUGAGGAGCAAGAUAGGGAAUCAGUGCCAGAAGUAAAGUAUGAAGAUGAAGUAGACAAGCUAUUAGAGGGUCUGGGUCCCAGGUAUACAGAUUGGCAGGGAUGUGAACCAUAUCCUGUGGAUGCAGAUAUGCUUCCUGGUAUAGUUACUGAUUACCAACCUCCAUUCAGAGUGCUUCCUUAUGGGGUGAGAUCUACUGUUGGACGAAAAGAGGCAACAAAUUUGCAAAGGCUUGCCCGUGUUCUUCCUCCACACUUUGCCUUAGGUCGAAGCAGGCAGCUCCAAGGUUUGGCUGUGGCCGUGAUUAAAUUAUGGGAAAAAAGUUCAAUUGCCAAGAUUGCUCUUAAACGUGGUGUACAGCUCACUACGAGUGAGAGAAUGGCUGAAGAUAUCAAGAAAUUGACGGGUGGCAAAUUGCUCUCAAGAAACAAGGAUUUUCUGGUUUUCUAUCGGGGAAAAGAUUUUUUAUCACCAGAUGUCACUGAAGCAUUAUUGGAAAGGGAGAGGCUGGCUAAGUCUCUGCAAGAUGAAGAAGAGCAAGCUCGGUUAAGAGCAUCAGCCUUUGUCUUGCCAAGUGCUGAAGUAAGUGAGCAAUCAGGUACUGCAGGCACCCUUGGGGAAACUUUGGAUGCAAAUGCUAGAUGGGGAAGGAUGCUGGAUGACAAUCAUAAGGAAAAUGUGAUGAGAGAAGCUGAAAUAAUGAGACAUGCCAGCCUCGUCAGAAAACUGGAAAGAAAGCUUGCUAUUGCUGAACGAAAGCUAAUGAAAGCUGAACGAGCCUUAUCGAAAGUGGAGGAGUUUUUAAAACCAACAGAAAGACAAGCAGAUCCUGAGAGCAUAACUGAUGAGGAGAGAUUUAUGUUUCGCAAGCUUGGUUUGAGGAUGAAGGCUUUCUUACUUUUGGGUAGGCGUGGAGUUUUUGAUGGUACAGUGGAGAAUAUGCACUUGCACUGGAAAUAUCGAGAAUUGGUUAAAAUUAUUGUGAAGGUGAAAACUUUUGAUCAGGUUAAAAAAGUUGCAUUAGCACUUGAAGCUGAAAGUGGGGGUGUCUUGGUUUCAGUGGACAAAAUCUCCAAAGGUUAUGCUAUAAUUGUAUUCAGGGGAAAGGACUAUAAGCGGCCUUCCAAAUUGAGGCCAAGAAAUCUUUUGACAAAGAGGAAAGCUUUGGCACGUUCAAUUGAACUCCAAAGACAUGAGGCUCUUCUAAAGCAUCUUUCCCUUCUGGAGACGAAUGUAGGGAAACUAAGAUUCGAAAUUGAACAAAUGAACACCGUGAAAGACCGGGGAGAUGUGGAGUUGUAUGACAGAUUAGAUUCUGCUUAUGCCACUGACGAUGAUGACAUUGAGCAAGAAGGAGAUGAUGCAUAUUUAGAGACAUAUGACAGUGGAAAUGAUGGUGAAUAUGAAAGUGAUAACUCAAUUCACAAUCUCCACACAGAAACAAACUUCCCUUAUCAUGAACAAGAUCAGGAAUCAGAAACUGAACCUGUAGAUUCUGAAGAUGAAGAAGCAUAUGCUCUAACCAAUGAGUCUGAAUCAAAACCAACAACUUAGGGAAAGAAGUCAACAACUUUUAGUAGACAAUGGAAAGGAACCGAUCAUCAAACAUACUGUAUUAAAUCAGUAGAUCUCAAUGUAUAACCUGAUUUUGGCUGGCCCUUCGUUAUUGUAUAGAUAAAUUAUGUAACUCUUGUCAUUGUUUAGGAAAAACUGCUACCGUUUUUUAUGUUAGCAGAUGAAAAUCAUCUUAAUUUAAAAAUAACUCUGCCCAAACA